AUGUGGCCGAUCCGAGCGAAAGUAAACAAAAAGCGGACCGCGAUAGGCCAGGUGAGCGAAAGGACGGAUACAAUAACAGUUACGGCAAAUUUACGCGAAGAGUUUCCAGACGUGUUCGCGGCCGGGCUAGGGACGUUCACAAAAGGCGAACUCGAGUUAUAUGUGAAGGAAGGGACACAGCCAAAGUUCAUCCAGCCGCGCCGAGUCCCAUUAGCCAUGAGGGUACUUGUUGAGAACGAGAUAGGGAGAUUGAGAAAUUGCAAAAUUAUUGAACCAGUAGAAUAUUCUGAGUGGGGAACGCCGGUGGUCCCAAUCCUAAAAAAAGAUGGCACAGUAAGACUCUGUGGUGAUUAUAAAACAACGCUAAAUAAGCAUCUGCAAGUCGAUCAUUUCCCCUUGCCCCGGGUGGAGGAAGUUCUCGACACGCUCCGCGGCGGAGUUUUCUUUACUAAACUCGAUCUCGCGGAGGCGUACCAACAAGUACCACUCAAAAAAGAGUCAAAAAAAUUAGCUGUAAUAAGCACGCACGUAGGUUUGUUCCGAUAUAACAGAUUGCCAUACGGCGUAGCCACCGGACCAGGAUCGUUCCAACGAAUCAUGACAUCGUUGUUAUUGGGGAUACCCGGAGUUAUGGUGUUCCUAGACGAUAUAAUAAUUGCGGCACCGGACUAUGAAACACACAUGUCGCGGUUAAGAGAGGUAUUAAGACGUCUGAACGAUUCCGGGCUACGACUAAAAGACGAAAAAUGUAAAUUCCUACAAAAAGAAAUAAAAUACUUAGGGUUUCGAGUAAAUGCAGCGGGCAUUUUCCCAUCAGGCGAAAAAAUCGAGAGCGUAAAGCGAGCACCAGAGCCAAAAAAUGUCUCGGAAUUAAAAAGCGUCCUAGGCUUCAUUAAUUAUUAUGCUAGGUUCAUAAGCGAUAUCACAAAUAAACUGCGCCCGCUGUACGAAUGUUUGAAAACGGGUAAAUUUAAGUGGACGAAAGAAUGUACGCAGGCGUACGAGAGCAUAAAAAAAGACUUGUCGUCCGAGCUCAUGCUCGCCCACUUUGAUCCAGCCAAACCGAUCGUUCUCACGUGUGACGCAUCGCCAUACGGCGUGAGCGCGAUUCUGUCGCACCGUGAUGGCGAGGGGGGAGAUAGGCCUGUAUGUUUCGCGAGUCGCACGCUGUCGAGUAGCGAGAAGGGAUAUCCCCAUCACGACAAGGAAGGACUGGCAGUAAUCUUCGGUAUACAGAAGUUCUAUCAAUACUUAUUCGAAAAUCACUUUCUAAUACAAACAGACAGCACGGCCCUGUCCAAAAUCUUCCACCCGGACCGCUCGGUUCCAGAAAUUAGUACUGCUAGACUACAACGAUGGGCGAUAUUCUUGUCCGCUUUCCGAUACGAUAUUAAACAUAUUCGCGGAGACAAAAAUUACGCCGAUUGGCUCAGCCGACUACCGGUGAAGGGAAAAGAAACAACCGUAACAAAAUUCGCGAUAUUGCAAGACAGCGAAUGCUUAUUACUGCGAAACAUACAGGCCGCGGAUUUCGCAACGUUGGACUGGAAAAAGGUGCAAACCGACACUCGCGAAGACGCGACGCUUUGCAAGGUCAUCCGUUAUUGCAUAGACGGAUGGCCAGGAGAAACCCCCAAGGAUAAAGAAAUAAUCCCCUUCUGGGAAAAGCGAGAAGCAUUAUCGAUAGAAAAUAAUUGCGUGCUAUGGGGACACAGAAUAAUUAUACUAGCUAAAUUGAGAAAUUUAGUUGUUUUGCACGAGCUGCAUCACAGCCACUUUGGAGGUUUUCGGAUGAAAGCGUCAGCUCGGUCAUACGUGUGGUGGCCAAAACUCGACGAAGACAUUGAAAUGAUAACCCGAAAAUGCAAAUCUUGCCUCAAAUUGCGAAAAAACCCGCCUAAAGUCCCGCUCACACCGUGGCCAUGGCCCUUAACACCAUGGCACAGAAUUCAUGCCGAUUUUUUGGGGCCGCUAUUUGGGAAGAUGGUACUGGUUGUGAUAGACAGUCAUUCAAAGUGGCCCAAAAUUUUUGUAGUGCCUAACAUGCGCGAAGAAACCAUAAUUGCAAUAUUUGAGCGGAUGUUUUCGCAGUUCGGGUUCCCGGCGCAUGUGGUUACGGAUAAUUUUUCAUCAUUCAGGGGAGAUAAAUUCCAAACGAUGAUUAAAAAAGGUAACAUAAGACAUAGUACGUCGCCCCCACACUGCCCGGCCACCAACGGAGCGGCCGAAAACCUAGUAGACACAAUCAAGCGUAAAGUCAAAGCAUGGUGGGGGAUAGCAUGCCUCUACAAAGCGCAAUCCAACAAUUCCUAUUCAACUAUAGAACGUCGCUUCACCCCACCACACAAAGAACGCCAGCAAGUCUAA